AUGAAGGUCUCUGUGGCUGCUCUCGCCGUUCUCAUCGCCGCCUUCUGCUACCAGACCUCUGCUGCGCCGAUUGGGUCCGACCCACCGACCUCCUGCUGCUUCACCUACAUCGCCCGGCAGCUGCCCCGCAGCUUUGUGGUGGAGUACUACGAGACCAACAGCCUGUGCUCCCAGCCCGCCGUCGUGUUUGUCACGAAGAAGGGCCGUGAAGUCUGUGCCAACCCUGAGCAGGACUGGGUCCAGCAGUACGUGAACGACCUGGAGCUGAACUGA